UUAUUCUCGGGUCAUUCCCAACUGGCCUCUCAAAACUUAUCUCAAAGCAAAUCUUAUCUCUUUAUUACAAUCUCCGGCUUGUAAUUUAUAACAGUCCGGUGGCAACCCUGGACGUAAUAAAUGCGUCAUAAUUUUCGCGACAGUGAUAGAAGCAACCUUUUCAAAUGGAUUUCAAUCUGAAGAAUGAUUUGAAAAAACGUGUACCUGGUGGAGAAACUACUCUAAGUCAAUUAACAGAAGUUUUGUAUAGGACACAAACUGAUAAUAAACCAAUACCAGGAUUUGAUCCUGAUCGACAUGAUACCCAAUAUUAUCGUGCUCAACAGGCUGUUGAUUGUGAUGAAGUAUAUCCAGGAAUAUAUAUUGGUGAUGCUCAUAGUGCAAUGAAUAAAAAAUACCUUAAAACGUUGGGGAUAACACAUUUACUUAAUGCUGCUGAAGGAAAAAGAUUUGGAUUUGUAGAUACAGAUAGAUAUUAUUAUGCAGACACGACAAUAAAAUAUCUUGGUCUACCACUUGAUGAUUCAUAUACUACAGAUAUUAGCAAAUACUUUAAUACUGCUGCAUCCUUUAUUGAUGAAGCUGUAUCUACAGGAGGUAAAGCUUUUGUUCACUGCGUGAUGGGAAUAUCACGUAGUGCAACAUGUGUGAUAGCAUAUUUAAUGAUAAAGAAAGGAAUGCAUAGCAUAGAUGCUCUUCGAACAGUUCGCAAAAAUCGUCACAUUAAACCAAACGUUGGCUUUCUUCAACAAUUAGCGGAAUUAAAUAAUGAACUACAAAGAAAGGCAUGUAACUAAGACAAAUAACUAAAUAUAUCGUUAAUGGAGCUGACACAGAAAAGAA